AUGGGAGGAGAUGGAGAAGAAGUGACAGGCGGAGUUGUUUGCGGAGCAGGCAGAGCUGCGACAGAAGGUUGCGGAGAAUCGCCACAUACUGUGGGAGGUGAUGAGUGUGGUGUUGUUGACGUUCCGAAGGGCGCUACUCCGAUGGCCCCUGUCGGAAAGGUGCCCGCUGACUGCCAGCGAUGUUUCGCUUCUGGGGCGGUAUGCACUUGGGGCAGGGCAAUGGAUGGCAAGCUGAAAUUUUCCGUCCUGGAGAAGCACAGUGCUUGUGACUCCUACGUCAUCAAGAAGAAGAAGUGCAAUCCAAUGGUUGGGUCAGGCGCGGUCUCCCGGGGCAAGAAGUGGGCGCAGGCAGGGACUCCUUCUCCAUGUGGAAAGGGAAAACAGAGGCAGGCAAGCCCAAGUCCGAUGGGGCGAGGAGACCUGUAUGAUGACCAGGCCUGGGUGCAGGCCGCCAAUGAUAUCAUGAACAAGCUGAGUUGGACCAACGCAUUCCUGGAGCGGAGCAUCCUGAUGUCGGAGCGGAGCGUGUGCGCGGUCGAGGGGAGUCGGGCUGCGAUGGAGCAGGGGGUCCCCACCAUGGAGAAAUUCAUGGAGGGGCAGGCGCAUUUGCAGGCGCUGCUUCUGAGGCACUUCGGGUCUGCAAGUGAAGGGAGCAAAAGUCGUGGGGCCGACUACGGCGUGGAGAGUGCGGAGGAGGAAGUGGUCUCCGAUGUGGAGAUCCAGGAGGUGCAGGGGCCUGCUGCACCCGCAGGUGGGAAUGAGGGGGCGGAGGUUGAGGUGGUGGCAGAAGCGGGAGUGGAGGAGGUUGCGGAGGCAGCUGAGGACGCCAAGAUGGUCAUGUAG